UCGGGCGGCCGCUGCAAAUCUACGCUCAGCAAAAGUCCCAGGAGGCGACUGACUUCCUCUUCCAUCAUUCCUCUCUUACAAAAAGGUUUUCGCUUGACGGAAACUUGCAUCCUCCAUCUCCUCACCUUUGUCUGUCUGUCAAGACUUUGCCCAUCGCAGGUGCAAUCCGCUCAUUUAUUCCGAGCGCAGUAAUAUUUUUCUGAUCACACUGCGACGCAUUCCUGCCUCGCUUCUCUGUGAUCACAUCGGCACUUCUUCCCUCGGAAUCCAUCACAUCAACCACCUCCUCUAGCGCGCAUUCAUCGGCUUUCCAUCAGCCAAACAAGCAGCGCGUGUUUCGUGCCCGACUACUCGACUUUCCAUCGCGAAACAGCUGUUUUCGCGUCACCGGCAUUUUCAGCAAACUCGACACCGCGUCACUUUAACAGCAACCAUGUCUUCCUACGGCGGCGGUUACAGCUCCCGCGGUGGCGGCGGCGGAUACUCCGGCGGUUAUGAUCGCAACGGUGGAGGCGGUGGAGGUUAUUCCAACGGCUAUUCGGGCUCUGGUGGAUCUAACGGUUACUCCGGCGGUGGCGGUGGCUACGGCGGCGGCUAUGGUGGUGGAAGCUAUGGAAGCGGUGGCGGCAGCUACGGUGGUGGUGGAUAUGGCGGCGGUAGUGGCGAUCGGAUGUCCAACCUCGGUGCCGGCUUGCAGAAGCAGAACUGGGACUUGUCCACACUUCCCAAGUUUGAGAAGUCGUUUUACCAGGAGCAUCCCAACGUCACCGCCCGCUCCCAAGCCGAGGUCGACAAGUUCCGCCGCGAUCAUGCCAUCACGGUCCAUGGCCGCGAUGUCCCCAAGCCCGUUGAGACCUUCGACGAGGCUGGUUUCCCCCGCUAUGUCAUGGACGAAGUCAAGGCCCAGGGCUUCUCCGCGCCGACCGCCAUCCAAGCCCAAGGUUGGCCCAUGGCGCUCUCUGGACGCGACGUCGUCGGUAUUGCCGAGACGGGUUCCGGCAAGACUCUGACAUACUGUCUCCCCGCCAUCGUCCACAUAAACGCUCAGCCUCUUCUCGCUCCCGGCGACGGUCCGAUUGUCCUGGUUCUCGCUCCCACUCGCGAGCUGGCUGUGCAGAUUCAGCAGGAAAUCACAAAGUUUGGCAAGUCGUCAAGGAUCCGCAACACUUGCGUCUAUGGUGGUGUCCCCAAGGGCCCUCAAAUCCGCGACCUUCAGCGCGGCGUUGAGGUAGUUAUUGCCACGCCCGGCCGCUUGAUCGAUAUGCUCGAGUCCGGCAAGACCAAUCUUCGCCGUGUUACCUAUCUGGUUCUCGAUGAGGCCGACCGCAUGCUCGACAUGGGUUUUGAGCCCCAGAUUCGCAAGAUUAUCAGUCAGAUCCGUCCCGACCGUCAGACUUGCAUGUGGUCUGCUACUUGGCCCAAGGAGGUCCGCGCCUUGGCCUCGGACUUCCAGACCGAUUUCAUUCAAGUCAACAUCGGUUCCAUGGAUUUGUCUGCCAACCAUCGCAUCACCCAGAUCGUUGAGGUCGUCAAUGAGAGCGAGAAGCGCGACAAGAUGAUUAAGCACCUCGAGAAGAUCAUGGAGGGCAAGGAUAACGAAAAUAAAGUCCUGAUUUUCACGGGCACCAAGCGUGUCGCCGACGACAUCACACGCUUCCUUCGCCAGGACGGCUGGCCUGCUCUCUCGAUUCACGGCGACAAGCAGCAGAACGAGCGCGACUGGGUCUUGGAUCAGUUUAAGACCGGCAAGAGCCCCAUCAUGGUUGCCACUGACGUCGCGUCGCGCGGUAUUGGUAUGUGUUCCCGACCCCAACCCCACACCCCCUACCCCCCCCCCUCUUGGGCAACCUUCCAGCAUCGAAGUGUGCUGUGCUUUACUCUUGCGUCUAGGGGCUUUCUUGAUUGCGCGAACUUGCCUGACCUUGUGUCUACAUGGUCCUUCUGAGCCGAGUCUUGGAUUCGUGACGUAGCGGAGACACUGCUCUCAAUGCUACGCCGUAAUUCUUCUUGUCUUGUACCCAUUUGGUCUGCCGUGGUACAAGCGUGGAGGAGGCAUCUCUUGACCCUGAUCAAGCUUGUCUCCCAAGAUUCCCGAAAGGCCCGAGGACCUGGAGCUU